UGUAUUAUACUCUAUGGUCUUCACUCCAAAUAAAUCCCAUGCGUUAAUGCCACAUGCAUGCAAGCAAUGAACCCCGCCACCCCCCUGCGCAUGCGCUCUGACUUAGCCCACGGUGGCGCAGUCCCCUCCCGCAGCAGAGUGGGCGCUCUUCACCGGGGCAUAGACGAUCUCGGGCCGGAGCUGGUUUUGACAGCAGCGGGGAGCUGGUGAGGAGGAGAGCCGAGGAUCCGUGUGGACCACAGCUUGCUGCUGCAGCGGCUGAGGGGGACGGACACACAUACUCACACACUCACACCGGGCACGGCCAGUCAAGACACGCACAUACACACACCUCAUCGUUCUCUACAGCAUCUACACACACACACACACUCACACACACAGUCAGUGCUGCUGCUGGGGGAGGAAACAGGAGCCGGUUUGCAGACGACAUCCUGACCGUGUCGACCACCGUACCUGCUGUUAGGAUCUGGAAAAAAGGGUCUUCACCACGAUGCAUCCGACCACGGACAGAAACAGGAAGUGGCUGCCUGGCUUUGGAGCUAUGCUGUUGGUGCUCUUGAGUCGAGUGACUUCAGCGCUAGAAGUGCCUCUUGAUCUGCCCCAGCCCCCCACUAUAACGCUACAGUCCCCGAAGGACUACAUCUUUGAUCCGCGGGAGAACAUCGUCAUCCACUGUGAGGCCAAGGGGAAGCCGAGUCCCAGCUUCUCCUGGACGAGAAACGGCACACACUUUGACGUGGAGAAAGACUCCAAAGUCCUGAUCAAGCCCGGCUCAGGAACCCUCGUCAUCGACAUCAGCGGCGAAAAGGCGGAGGCUUACGAGGGAACGUAUCAGUGCACAGCCCAUAAUGAGCACGGCACGGCUGUAUCCAACAACAUCGUCAUCAGACAGUCCAGGUCCCCCCUCUGGUCGAAGGAGAGAAAUGAAGCCAUCACUGUGCAGAUUGGGGUCUCCGUGGUGCUGCAGUGCCGGCCCCCUGCUGGGCUGCCCCCUCCUGUCAUCUUCUGGAUGGAUAACAAUUUCCAGAGGCUGCAGCUGGACAAGCGAGUGUCCCAGGCCCUGAAUGGAGAUUUGUACUUUUCCAACGUUCUCCAAGAAGACACCAGGAGUGACUACAUCUGCUACGCCCGCUUCCCCCACACGCAGACGAUCCAGCAGAAACAGCCCAUCUCAGUCACCGUGCUCAACAACAGCCCACAGGGGGAGCGUCGUCCAGGGUUCAUGAUGCCUCCAGGCCCCACCAGUACCAAGAUGGUCCUGAGAGGAGAGACUCUGGAGCUGGAGUGCAUCGCCGAGGGCUUGCCCACUCCAGAGAUGUCGUGGCAGAAGGACGGAGGUGAGCUGCCAGGCAGCAGGACGUCCUUUCAGAACUUCAAGAAAACGCUGAAGAUUUCCGACGUGAAUGAAUCAGACGGAGGCAACUACCGCUGUACGGCGGAAAACAACCUGGGCACUGUACACCACAUCAUCAAGGUCACUGUCAAAGCGGCUCCUUUCUGGGUCAGCGCUCCCAGGAACCUGGUCCUCGCCCCGAAUGAGACCGGCAUCCUGACCUGCCGUGUCAGUGGAGAACCCAAACCCCAAAUCAGCUGGUUUGUCAACGGAGUCCCAAUAGAAAAUGCUCCUGAGGACCACACUCGGAAGGUGGAGGACGACACCGUGAUCCUCAGCAAUGUGCAGUCAGGAUCCAGCGCCGUCUACCAGUGUAACGCAUCCAAUGAGUUUGGCUACCUGAUGGCCAACGCUUUUGUCAGUGUCCUCGCUGAAGCACCGAGAGUACUCACUCCCCCCAACCGAGUGUACCAGGUCAUCACCAACAACCCUGCACUGCUUCACUGUUCCUCCUUUGGCUCGCCAAUACCAACCAUCACAUGGUUCAAAGACAGUCAGACCAGCAUUAAAAAUGGCGACCCGUAUGUGAUCCAUGAGAACGGCACGCUGGAGAUCCACGUGGCCCAGCCGCUCGACAGCGGGAAGUACACCUGCAUUGCCACCAACAACCUGGGGAUCAAGGAGAACCACGUGUUCCUGGAGGUUAAAGUUUCAACUCGUAUCCUGAAGCAGCCGGAGUACAAGGUUGUGCAGAGAGGAAAGAGCGCUGUGUUCGAGUGUAAAGUCAAACACGACCCCUCCCUCAUUCCCACCAUGACCUGGCUCAAAGACAACGGAGAGCUGCCAGAUGACGAGAGGUUUGAGGUGGACACAGACAGUCUGACCGUCAAUCAUGUGACCGACGAAGACGAGGGCACCUACACCUGCAUCAUGAACACGACCCUGGACCGGGACUCUGCCAGUGCCAUGCUGACUGUCGUCGAGGCAACGCCUGCUCCGGCUAUUGUCCACGAAAAACCAGACGCUCCGACCGACCUGGAACUGACCGACCAGACGGACAGAAGCGUUCAGCUCAGCUGGAUCCCUGGAGAUGAACACAACAGUCCCACACAGAAGUUUCUGAUCCAAUACGAGGAUCUGCUCCACCAGCCGGGACUGUGGAUCAACCUGACGGAGGUUGCAGGCACUGGCACAACAGCCCAGUUGAAGCUUUCCCCGUUCGUCUACUACUCUUUUAGGGUACUGGCUCAGAACCUCGUGGGUUACAGCGAGCCCAGCCAGCCUUCGCGCCAAUAUAGGACCAACCCAGCAGCUCCUGAUGAAAAUCCAUCGGAUGUUCAGGGAGUAGGAACAGAAUCUGACAACCUGGUCAUCUCGUGGACACCACUGACUGGUUUCCAGUCCAAUGGGCCAGGUUUGGAGUACAAAGUGCUGUGGAGACAGAAGGACAUGGACGGGGAGUGGUCGUCGAAGAACGUGGCCAACGUCUCCCGUUUCGUUGUGACGGGAAUCCCAACGUUUGUGCCGUUUGAAAUUAAAGUUCAAGCGAUUAACGAUUACGGCAGCGGACCUGAGCCCGAAGUGUUGAUGGGGUACUCAGGAGAAGACAUGCCGCUGUCUGCUCCUGAGAGCGUGCAGGUCAUGGUUCACAACAGCACGCUAGCAGAAGUGCAUUGGGAGCCUGUGUCUUUCCCUUCAGUAAGAGGGAAACUACAGGGAUACAAGGUGUACUAUCAGCGCGAGCGCGGCUUGCAUGAGACCGAGAAGACAACGGAUGAAGAGGAGCAGGUUCUGACGUUCAGUGGGAACCGUACCGAGGGGCGUCUCCCGGGCCUGCAGCCGUACAGCCUCUACAGACUCUUCAUCAGGGUCGUCAAUAGCAGAGGAGAGGGGCCUCAGAGUCCAAGCAAGACAUUUGAGACUCCCGAGGGAGUCCCAGGUCCUCCUUCUUUUCUGAAAGUCCUGAACCCCAGUCUGGACUCUCUCACCCUGGAGUGGGGCCCCCCAAUGAACAAUAAUGGACGCCUCGCUGGAUUUACGCUGAAGUUCCAACCAGUCAACACCACCAAUGAACUGGGACCAGUCAAGAUCGUGACGCUCCUGGCCAACGAGACCACGAUCACCCUGAGCAGCCUGAACUCCAGCAUGCUCUACAAGUUUUACUUAAGUGCAAAGACAAUCAAAGGCUCUGGCCCCUUCAUCACAGAAGAAGCCUUCACAGUCAUGGACACAGCUCAUUCUCAGCCCGCUGUAGAAUCGGGCAAAGGUAACGCAAAGCCCCCCACAGAGCCCCCUCACCCAACUAUCCCCAUCACUCAGUCUGUGCCUCCCCCGUUUCACAAGGCGCCUCCUGUAGGCCCUGCGUUUGGCAAUGUAAACACGUCUGUAUCGGAGGAUGGUGCGGCCAUCAGUUGGGAAUACUUUGGACACCAUAAAAAUGUAUUUGUGGAAUAUAUUGUAGAAAACAGUAAAGAUGACUGGGAAAAGGAGUUGGUAAACAGUUCACACUCUCAUAUGAUAAAAGGUUUAAAGCCCGGGACGUCCUAUAGGGUGCGUGUGGUUGCUAGAGACCCGGCUGACCCGACGGUCCACAGCACAGACGAGGUGUUGGUUACGGUUCCAGCCGUGCCCAGCAGACAGGUCGACAUCGCCACCCAGGGCUGGUUUAUCGGACUCAUGUGUGCCAUCGCCCUCCUCAUCUUGGUCCUCCUCAUUGUGUGCUUCAUCAAGAGGAACAAAGGUGGCAAAUAUCCAGUGAAAGAGAAAGAAGACGCUCACCAAGACCCUGAGAUACAACCUAUGAAGGAGGACGAUGGGACAUUUGGAGAAUACAGUGACACAGAGGACCACAAGCCGCUGAAGGGCAGCCGGACGCCGUCCAACGGGACGGUGCGCCGUGACGAGAGCGACGACAGCCUGGUGGACUACGGGGAGGGCGGGGACGGACAGUUCAACGAGGACGGCUCCUUCAUUGGCCAGUACAGCGGCAAGAAAGAGAAAGACACGCACGAAGGCAACGAGAGCUCAGAGGCACCUUCGCCCGUCAACGCCAUGAACUCGUUUGUCUAAGGGAGGGGCCCCCAGUCCUGAAUGCGACAGUUGCUGCUGCCGCUCCUGGUCCCCCUGGCAAAUGUAACCAUCCCUGUGGUGACAGGUGCUAAGGUGACGGUGGUGGUGGAAUUUUUACAAUGCUGACCCGCCCUCAUCUCCACACCUGCCAAUCCCUGUCCCACUGUGACAUCCUCCGAUCAAGACACACUCAGCAGAGACCAACACCACAUCCCCCAUGACCACUGGAGGACGGCAUGAAGCGAAGGGAUGUGAGGAAAACGAGAAGAAGAGGAGGAGAGAGAGGAAGCAAUAUGGAAAAGCAGAAGGAAUGUACAAGAAAGAGAAUUACCACUGAGACUGAGCAGGAGAGUGGCCAAGUGUGUGUGUGUGCGUGUGGUAGUGCCAUUUAAUAUCCUUUCCAACACACUUAACUUGAUAAAUCCAUAUAUAUAUUUAAUCAAAUUUGCCACAGACAGGAAAAUAUGCAUCGACUCACAUUCACAAACAUCUGCAUGGCAGCAUUUUAACCUCGUCCUGUCACUUGAUGCACUUGUUGACUCUGUAUAAAGAUAAACGGCAUGACUGCUCCCCUAAAGUGAAGCCAAAGUGUCUCGAUCGCCAUCUGGUGGCCGGCUGCAGAAUAUGUCAUAAACCCCGCCUCCUCCACGUUCGUGAAUGGGACAUGAGCAAAACAAAAAAUUUGAAGUACACGUCAAAUACAUUUUUCUCAAAGAUGGAUUGCUCCUUUUAGGUAGUUCUUAUCACACUGAUGUUUGUCCAAGCGCUCAUUUUGCCAGUAAGUUUAAUUUUCAUGAGUUAUUUUAUGCUAUAAAAGACCGACUUGCAAACAGUUUGUGCGCGUGGAUCAGUGGGACCUUGCAAACCUAAGGUUCAUUCCGUAAUCUUAAAUAGGGAUAUCCAGGUUUCACUUCUGGAUUUUUGGAGGAGGCGGAGAUGAGUAAUAUACAGUUGAAGUUGCAAACCUACUAGUGACAUGAUUUUCUUUUUCAGUCAGAAAGUGUUAAUGGCAUCUGAUAUACAGAGAACUACUGGCAUCGGUGUCUUCGUGGACACUACAUCUCGCAGUAGAAGCUAGAAUGUCUUUUUGAGACAGAGGAAAUGUUUGUACAUAUGUGAUUGAAUAAGAAAAAAAGGUAUAUUUCGAGGUCAGGGACUUCCAUUUGCAGUCAUCGGAAAGCUGCUGUAGAAACACUUUGAACUCAGAGUCGGGUCACUCCUCACACCAGCCAGCCAAAACUCUCACACUGAUUUGACCUUUUUAUCCUAGGGAUUGCACUUUCUGCUUUUCUUCUCACCAAACCUACGUUUCUUGUUAGCCAGCUCUAAUGGAACAACAGCGCAGGUGCAGUUUAUUCAGUAUCGUCAAGUGCUUCCACCCCUGAAUCCUGGCCACUGUGCAAACCUGGGUUUAAGGCAAUCACGGUGUUGUCCAAAACUGUUGUCCCCCGCUUUGUCUCCGAUAGCAUCUCUUCUAUCCUAUCUGAUACAUGCACUGGCAGAAAAAAGAGAAAAGCUUAUUGCAUGUUGAGGUUCACUGAGAGUACACAUGGUAGUUUCCAAGUAUUUAGAUGUUGAUGAUCAAGAACCUGUUAGCAUGGUUUCUAGUGCCUUUGUAGAGAACAAUGACUUGGAUCCAUAGCUAUAACCCUCUUCAUGCACAGCCCAUGAACGCAAGACAUAGAAAAAUACCACCCCACUUUACCGAAAUGGCAGUUGCAGAGCAUUCAAAGCGCUCACUGAAAGUAAGCUCCACAUUAGGCAGAUGUAGAGCGGGUACUGCACUAGUGUCAUCAACAAUGCUACUUCACUAAGACCCAGGUACAAACUCUCUUAAGAGGUACAUUAUCGCAACCUCCUCCACCAUUACCAUCUUUUCUUGUUGGAAACUCUUGCCUCUGGGCUGCCCUCUAGUGGCUGUAUUGCUUUAACAACCAUGCCAACGUAAAGGACGCAUGGAAGUAGGCCUACGUAGGCAGUGAUGGCUACAUCUCUUCUUGUAUGUAAAGGCAACAUAAGUAAGCCUUAAGGGAAUAUUCAAUUUAAAGCCCUUUAUUUUGAGCAGUAUAGCCUCUUUGAGUCGUAUUAUGGGGUCCAGGGUUCCUAAACAGAACUGAAACUGAUCUAACGGAAGAAUUAUUGACAACAUCUUUUUUCACAGGUACUUCUGAGGAACCAUUUUCAACUAAAGGUUGUUAUGGUCUCGUUGACAAUCAUGUUAGCCAGCAUUUGUCAGCCCAUUUGCGAAGCGCCCAACUCAUACUUACAAUGAAGACCGAGCAAAUGUGCAGAAUAUUAAAACGCAGGCAGCCUGAGGUCACAUCACGGACACUGAAUGAGAUGCCUUCACGCAUUAAUUUCAAACAUUCUCCUUUCAAACCCAUUCACCUUAAGGAGGAUGUGCAACUGUGCUCAGCACCAAUGCCAGCGCACUCACCAGGUAACUGCCAAUGGGAACCAGACUCAACUUUCUGGUACAGACUACUAUAAAAAAUGGGACUCACUGUCACUGGUUGCACUUAGAGAAGAAGGGGUUGGGAAAAUGAAUUAAUGAUAACUGAAUGUGGAAACAAGUGGAUCUGUUUAUGUGAAUGAAAAUAUUGCUUGUUUCACUUCAAAUGGUAGACACACUGGUGACUUUGGUUUAUGCAUUUAACCUUAUAUCUAUGUAUGUCGUCACGAUCCGAGCGCAGCACUCAGUGAGUUUUAUAUUACUGUAAAAGAACGAAGCUUGUGUGUGAAUGUUUGGGUGAGCGACUGUGUGUGUGUGUGUGUGUGUGCAGCACAUGCAUGCUACAAUGUUAAAGCGUGCGUCAUUAUAAUAUUGAUUUCUCAUUCCAUGAAUAAUUCUUACACGAGACGAGCAGUCUGUGCCCAUUCAACAGGAGACACACGACUCCCCCCGCACCCCAAGAACACUUCCAUUUCUUCAUUUUAUCAUAACUUGCAUCAAGUUUUUUGGUUGCAAUGUGUCAGCUUUCCACAUGUAGAUAUUUCUGUUGUAUUCUGUGAACAAUGGCUUGAAUUGAGCAUAGAUGUGUUGAGGUCAGAGGUGAGAGCUGGGCCUCAUGCAUUUGGGAUAAGGGAGGGUGAAAAAUGGUUCAGUGUGACAUGAGACCAUGCACUUACAGUUUUCACUCUUUUUCUUUUUAUUUGCCGUGAAAUUUUACUAUUUAUUUCUUAUUUUUUAAACUUGUCAGGUGAAAUUGCUCAUUGUGUAGUUGUUCAGGUAUGAAAAGGAGAUUAUUUAACUUGUGACUGGGCUCUCGUUACACCUGUCCCGUUUCUGUCUCUGACCGUUCAUGCACCUUUUCUGUAUUAUUUUUUUUUAUAUAAAAAAAGAAAAAAAGGCACACACUUAAACAGGAUUUAUCAUUUCAACUAAUUCCUGCAUCUAAUUUAGGACAACAUCCAGUGUGUGAAAGCAGAAUGUUGGAAAGCUGUCGUCUUAAAUUAGACGUCUCCUGAAACUGACACAUCCUUUGUUAAGAGUGUACAAAAAAAACACAAGUGUAAUUUGGAGCAUUCUGAGCCGGCAUGGACAGAUAAUCAUACUGACCCAACAGGGUGUGAAUAGUGACUGAACAUGCAGUAGGAUAUACAGUAUAUGAUAUGGUAUAAUAUGACAUUCUGGUUAAUGUUGAAGCUACAUGAAAAGCAUGAAAGGCUGUUAAAAUGGUUUACUCUACAGUAUAAUAUUGCAAAAUAUUUUGUAUUUUAAAUGAAGUUAAAAAAAAAUGAAAUAAAUGUUGGUUUCAGGAUUUCAAACCGGGCCCUGUUUUCCUUCAUGACCGUGCAAGCAGUGCUACAUGCUAGUGUGUAACUCCAAGUUGUGUAUUUAAUGAGGAUGAUGUAUAUAUGUCUGAGAGAGAUCUCAAAGCAGAUUGACUACAAAGCAAAAGCAUGGUGUUCCUUUUGUUGCUGCAAUGCUGUACUUACAGAGCUUUUAAAGUUUAUAAGUUGUGAGCCUGGGUCUGCAAUGUAUGAAAAACAUCCGGUGAACUUAUUUAUAAGCCAAACAAAAAAAAGAACAUUCAGUUUACUUUGAUGAAAAUGUUGACUUGGAAAUUGGUGGAAAAAAUAC